CGAAAUGUAUUUAAACGGGAAAUGAUUCGGUAUGACAAAUCAGAAGCACAAUAAUUGUGAAACGGCAAACAUCGACAUUAGAAAUUCUUCUACUGUUCGUUGCCAACGGAAAUCUUUUGAAGGAACUCAUCAAAUCUAAAGCAAGAGUUGAAAUCUCAAAACAAUGGCCACCGCACAUCUGCCCAUCCAGAAGUCGAAAUUCUACGACCAUAAUGGCGAACCCGGCUGCCAGGGACUGGAGGAAGUGAAUCGCAUGUUCCGCAACUUCUGGGAUCCCACCGCCUAUUGGGUGUGCGAAAAGCAAGGAACACGUGCUCGCCUCCAACGUUGUCCGCAAUCGCAGCUGUAUUCCGAGGAGCUGGGUCGCUGCAUUCACUAUUCGGACUGGAGCUGGACGGAUCCCAAGGAGCCGCCAAGUCGCCCCAAGUGCUAAAGCAAAGGGGGGAAACUUAGUCUCAGUCUGAACCAAACACAUACACUCACUAUUUAUAUGUAUACUUAAUGCUUAAUACCUUAAUAUCAUAAGUCGUAUUGUUUUUAGAAAACAUUUUUACUUUUAAGUGCCAAUGAAAAGAAAAGAAUAAGAAAAAAAAGAUA